AUGAACGGGAUAUUUGCUAUUGAGAAGCCCAGUGGCAUAACAUCUAACCAGUUUAUGUUGAAGCUACAGCAUGCUUUAACUAAAAGUCAAAUAUUCUCGAAGGAAAUUCAAAGGGCAACAGCUGAGAGAAGAGAGCAGUAUGAACAGCAGACAGGUAAGAAAGCGAGCAAAAGAAAACUGCGUAAAGUUUCGAAGGUGAAGAUGGGACACGGGGGAACGUUGGAUCCGCUGGCUUCUGGUGUCCUUGUAAUCGGUAUUGGAACAGGUACUAAGAAAUUAGCAAAUUAUCUUUCAGGUACUGUUAAGGUUUAUGAAAGUGAAGCCUUGUUUGGUGUCUCGACCACUUCAGGAGACGUAGAGGGCGAAAUUUUGUCCCAGAAUUCUGUUAAGCAUUUGAAUUUCGACGAUUUGAAGACAGUGGAGGAAAAAUUUGUUGGGCAAUUAAAGCAAACUCCCCCCAUAUACGCUGCUUUAAAGAUGGAUGGUAAACCUCUCCAUGAAUAUGCUCGAGAAGGGAAGCCUUUACCCAGAGCCAUAGAGCCUAGACAGGUGAACAUUUAUGAUUUGAAGGUGUUUCCUGAUUCCCUUAAACGUGAUCAUGACUAUUCUUUCUUAAGGCCCACGACAGAAGAAGCGGUUGACACUGUGAAAAACUUGAAUGCAAACAUGCUAAAUGAUGUUUUGUAUUUCUCAAAAGAUUAUACAGACAAGCAUGGGCUGAAGUCUGAGGUCGCAGACGUAGGGGAGGCAUUGCCAUUGACUAAUGAAGAAGAGCAAGAGAUUAAGGAAGAAGGAGAUUCUUACAGAGCUCCAAAGUUGCACUUCAAAGCAAAUGUAUCUUCUGGGACAUAUAUUAGAUCUUUAGUGAGCGAUAUCGGUAAGGCUAUGAGGAGCUCGUGCUACAUGGUGAAAUUGAUUCGUUUACAACAACAGGACUGGUCUCUUGAAAGAAAUAAUGUCUUUCAAUUGGCAGAUUUCACUGAAAGAGAUGAAAAAGUAUGGAGUAAGGUAUUGGAAAAGGUCCUGGACGAAGGGGCAAGUGUUGAUGUUAUAGAAGAAUUAACGAAAGCAGAAAAGGAAGUACCAGCUGAUGUAAAGGAGGACGUGGCGCCUGAUACUCAAUUAGAAGAUGAAGUCACUGCUGAAACAGUGGAAACUGAUAUUGUUGAGGAGUCGUCUGGUACUUUGAAGAGGAAAAUUGAGCAAGUGUAA